CCCCGCUUCAACCACUUUAUUGAAACAAUCACAUGGCUGUCAGAUCAGCGACGGGGCAGCGGGAUCUAGUUGCCGUUAUACGGAGCGGGGAGGACCAGGGCGAGAGGGCCUGGCUUCUUCUGUCGCGAAAGGGCUGAUGGCUGAGAGAUAUAUCUAUUGAGCCGGCCACCGGACGACGACCAAGUAUUUAGCUCCUCGCCACGAGUCAGUCCCCGCAAUCGAGUCAGUUCCCGUCAGGCGAACCAGCCAUGUCCGAAGAACGAAUUCUCGAUGACAUCUCCCACCGUCGCUUCAAUCCGCUCACAGGCUCGUGGAUCCUAGUCUCGCCGCACCGCACAAAGCGGCCCUGGCAAGGCGCACAGGAAACUGCCUCGAAGACAACACUGCCGUCUUAUGACCCAUCAUGCUUUCUCUGCCCUAGCAAUAAGCGUGCAACCGGGGACAUGAUGCCCGCGUACACCUCUACGUACAUCUUCGUGAACGACUACAGUGCCGUAAAAGAGGACCAACCCGACUAUACCACGGCGACUACGGAGACCACCGCCGGCUCCUCGGACUUCCUCCUGCAAGCACAGGGUGUCAAGGGCCGUUGCUAUGUAAUCACCUUCUCGCCCUCACACAAUCUGACACUGGCGGAUCUCCCGCACGACUCGCUCGUCUCCGUCAUCCGCACCUGGACCGCGCUCUACACCUCACACCUCCCGUCUACGCACCGCCAUUAUGCCCCCGCACCCGCCGAGCUCGGCGUCUCGGCGCCGAAGGAACAGUACGACUACCUCCAGAUCUUCGAAAACAAGGGUGCGGCGAUGGGCUGCAGUAAUCCCCACCCACACGGACAGGCGUGGUGCACAACAGGGCUACCAAACGAAGUGUCAACAGAGCUUGUGAACAUGGCUGCCUACAAGAAGAAGCACGAUGGUCGCGGUCUGCUGGCGGACUACGUCGCGCUUGAGGUUUCCAAGGGGGAGCGAAUCGUCUUCGCCAACUCAACAUGGGUGGCACUCUGUCCGUGGUGGGCCGUAUGGCCUUUUGAAAUCAUGGUCAUUCCUAAGCGCGAGGUUGCCUCACUUCCCUCAUUGACAGAUGAGGAGCGGGACGGACUCGCAGAGGUGCUUUCGCAGGUCACGAAGAGAUACGAUAAUCUUUUCGAAACGCAGUUUCCGUAUAGCAUGGGUAUCCAUCAAGCCCCGAUUAAUGGUGAAGGAGAGGGGGAUUCACAUCUACACUUUCAUUUCUACCCGCCCCUUCUGAGGAGUGCAACUGUGAGGAAGUUUUUGGUUGGAUAUGAGCUCCUAGCGGAACCCCAGAGAGAUAUCACUCCCGAGCAGGCGGCUGAGAGACUGAGAAACCUGAAUGGAGUGGAUGUAUACCGGAAGUUCUUGUAGAUGGUGGACAUUUUGGCUGAGAGCAAGUUGUUUUGGAUGUAAUGAGUAGAUCUCUUUUAUCUUCUGCAAUGUAUAAGAUAUAUGAGAGCAUGAAAAGCGGGGCGAGUAUGUAGGUUAGGAUGGCUUCACUCGAGCGGUUCGGGGCCAAAUGUGCGCCACACUAGAUACUGAGGGCAGCAGCCACAUAGUAAGGCCAUUACCUACACCUGUGGUGGGCGGGGG